CGCCCGGCCGGCCCCGCAGCGUCGCCGUCCGCCCGCCUCUGCCCGCGCCGCGCCUCUCGCUGCGCCCCGACCUCAACCAGAACUGCGACGCCAUGAUGGCCGAGACGCCCGACGACGUGACCGUCAAGGGCUUCGACAACCCUGUGUUCGAGGAUGACGACAAAGCUGGCGGCACGGCCCGCCUCAACGUCAACCAGGCGAGCAACGAUGAGGUGGCCGCCAACCAGGCGCGCAACGGCGCCAAGAAGGACCACGAGGCCGUCAAUCUCGAGCUGGUCACCAUGACGCCCGAGAAGAACGGCAACGGCGCCGACAUCAAAAGCAAGGACGCCGCCAUCGACGUGACGUAUCACGACGAUGGCGAGGGUGGCCAGAACAAGACGCACCGGAAGAUGGUCAGGGGCGAGAAGUACUACCCGGGCGGCCGCGAGGGCACCGCCAAGCAGCGCUGGAUAUGCUGGGGCGGCAUCCUGGCUGUCGUGCUCACCGUCAUCAUCUUCAUCAUCCUGCUGUCGACUGGAGUGUUUUCAAGCGACGAAGCUGCCGGGAACGACACUACCGUCAACGGAGAUACCCAAGCCAUAGCGAACGUGGAGCCAUCUGGCGGGGGCGCCGCAACUUCUGAUACGCCCCCACCUCCACCAAGCACACCAAUAGUCGACUCUGUGUUUUCUGGGUCCUUACGGCUGAAUGAAGAAUUCAGAGACGCUCUCUAUGACAAGACUUCUCCAGAAUUCAUGCAAAUGAAGAGAACAGUCGAGGAUCAGCUUGACGAGGCGUACUCGGUGUACAACUGGCCUGAGGGCAGUGACCUCGGCACGAUCCGCACUCAGGUCAACAGCUUCAGCCCCGGCAGCGUGAUGGUCGACUACGACGUGGCGGCGGACCACGUGCAGUCGGUGUCGCCGGCGGAGGCGAGCCGCCGCCUGGAGCGUCGUCUCGAGCAGUACCUGACCGCUGGGCAGCUGCCCGCGUCCGAGAUCCUCAUCAAACCGAUGGAGGACCUGUGCGCCAUGGGUCAGUCCGGCUGCUCUCAUGAGUGCAACUUCUCCUUCACGAGCCUGGAGUUCGUCUGUCUCUGCCCGGCCGGCAUGGAGAUCGGUGACGACCUCAAGAACUGCGUGUUCGCAGCACCAGCCAUCCAGGAGAUGCAUCCCGACAUCCACCACAUCGAGGACCCGGUACUGGAGCCGUCGCUGCAUCCAGACACCACAUACAACGUGGACCAUGCGUGGAUUCACGAAGGCACGGAGACCACCCCCGAACCGGAGCCGGAGACGACCGCCGCGCCGCACGACCACGACCACGACCACGACCACGACCACGACCACGAUCACCACUUCCACGACCAUGGUCUGUUCGGGGACAUGGGCGAGGAGACCACCCCACAGGCGGAGCCGGAGACCACGGCGACGCCUCUGGGCCACGACGACUGGUUCGGACUGGUGGACCACUCGGUGCACGAGCACGGCGAGACGACCACCCCGGAGCCGGAGCCGGAGACCACGCCGGAGCCGGAGCCGGAGACCACGACGGAGCCUGGCGAUUUCCUGUCGCUGUUCAAUGAGGAGUAUCCGGAGACGACUCCGGAGCCGGAGCCGGAGACCACUGCGGAGCCGGAGCCGGAGACCACGGCGGAGCCGGAGCCGGAGACCACGGCGUACCCGGUCGAGGAAGCGGUGCCCUUCGGCGUCGCGCCGAAGCUGGAUGCGGCUAAGCCGCAGUUCGUUCCGUCACUGUUCAACGCAUCGCUGCGACUGGAUGAGAAGUUCCCCGAAUCUCUGCACGACAACACCUCUUCCGACUAUCUCAAGAUGAUGGUCAGAGUCAGGAAGGAGAUGGCAGAGGCGUUCUCGGGCUUCAAUUGGUCCGAGGGCGACGACCUGGGGCCGAUCGGCAUCAAGAUCAGAAAGUUCGGGCCGGGCAGCAUCGUGGUGUACUACCAGAUCACCACAGGGGACGUGUCUGGGCUGAGCGCCGAGGAGGUGGCGCAGCGUCUGCAGUACCGCCUGGAGGACUAUUUCACCAGCACAGAGGGUCGGCUCUACCACGGCGCCCGCUUCCCGGUCUCCGACAUCAUGGUCGAACCGUUCCGUGACCUGUGUGCCAGCGGCGAGUCGGGCUGCUCGCACAAGUGCUACUUCUCGGCGGCCGACAAUGCCUUCCUCUGCCACUGCCCCGAGGGCAUGGAGCUUGGCGACGACGCCAAGACAUGCAUGCAUUUGCACGGAGUGCCGCCGGUAGUGACGGUGUGGGACGGCCAGCAGUGGAAGCACCCGGAUGACGCGACCACCGCCGAGCCGGAGCCGCAGCCGACAGACGGGCCCUUCACGGACCACCCGUGGCUGAGGGCCGACACGGAAACCACAACGGAGUCCGCGCCGCACGACCACGACCACCACUCGCACGACCAUGGCCUGCUCGGGGACGUAGGCGGGGAGACCACCCCGGAGCCGGAGCCGGAGACGACCGCCGCGCCGCACGACCACGACCACCACUUGCACGACCAUGGCCUGUUCGGGGACGUGGGCGGGGAGACCACCCCGGAGCCAGAAGCGGAGACGACCGCCGGGCCGCACGACCACGACCACCACUUGCACGACCAUGGCCUGUUCGGGGACGUGGGCGGGGAGACCACCCCGGGGCCGGAGCCGGAGGACGACCGCCGCGCCGCACGACCACGACCACCACUUGCACGACCAUGGCCUGUUCGGGGACGUGGACGGGGAGACCACCCCGGAACCGGAACCGGAAACGACCGCCGCGCCGCACGAUCAUGACCACCACUCGCACGACCAUGGCCUGUUCGGGGACGUGGGUGGGGAGACCACCCCGGAGCCAGAAGCGGAGACGACCGCCGCGCCGCACGACCACGACCACCACUUGCACGACCAUGGCCUG